AUAACAAUGACUGCCCAAGGAGAACCCCAAGUUCAGUUCAAACUUGUAUUGGUUGGUGAUGGUGGUACUGGUAAAACUACAUUUGUGAAACGUCAUCCGACUGGUGAAUUUGAAAAGAAGUAUGUAGCUACCUUGGGUGUUGAGGUCCAUCCCCUUGUGUUCCAUACCAGCAGAGGACCUAUUCAGUUCAAUGUAUGGGAUACAGCUGGUCAGGAGAAAUUUGGUGGACUGAGAGAUGGCUAUUAUAUCCAAGCUCAGUGUGCCAUUAUAAUGUUUGAUGUAACAUCGAGAGUUACUUACAAGAACAUGCGUAGAGGUCUGGUACGAGUGUGUGAGAACAUCCCCAUCGUGUUGUGUGGCAACAAAGUGGGUAUUAAGAACAGAAGGGUUAAGGCAAAGUCAAUUGUCUUACACCGAAAGAAGAAUCUUCAGUACUAUGACAUUUCUGCCAAAAGUAACUACAGCUUUGCAAAGCCCUUCCUCUGGCUUGCUAGAAAACUGAUCGGAGGCUCUAACUUGGAGUUCGUCGCCAUGCCUGCUCUCGCCCUGCCAGAGGUGGUCAUGGACCCAGCGUUGGCAGCGCAGUAUGAGCACGAUCUAGAAGCUACUCAGACAACUGCCCUCCCGGAUGAAGAUGAUGACCUGUGAGAAAGUGAAGCUGGAGCCCAGCGUCAGAAGUCUAGUUUUAUAGGCAACUGUCCUGUGAUGUCAGUGGUGCAGCAUGUUUGCCACUUUAUUACAUAGCUAAGCAGAACAUGUGCUUAAUCUUUGGGAUGCUGAA